ACUGAGACUGAAGAAACUGUCUUCCAAUUUGCUCUGGAAUUCAAACGUUUAGGCUCCUCAGAGCAGCAAAGCCACCAUGGGUCUGGAGAAGUCCCUCCUUCUGUUUUCACUGCUUGUCCUGGUGCUUGGAUGGGUCCAGCCUUCCCUGGGUGUGGAAUCUAGGGAAUCUUCAGCGGAUAAGUUUAAGAGGCAGCACAUGGACCCGGAUAGUCCCUCCAAGAGCAGCCCCACCUACUGUAACCAGAUGAUGAAGCGCCAGGGGAUGACCAAGGGGUCAUGCAAGCGGGUAAACACCUUCGUGCAUGAACCCUUGGAGGAUGUCCAGGCCAUCUGCUCCCAGGGACAAGUGACCUGCAAGAAUGGGAGGAACAACUGCCACAAGAGCAGCUCCACCCUGCACAUCACUGACUGCCGCCUGAAGGGCAGCUCCAAGUAUCCCAAUUGCGACUACACAACCACUGACAGCCAGAAGCACAUCAUCAUUGCUUGUGAGGGGAACCCCUACGUCCCAGUCCACUUCGAUGCUUCCGUGUAAACCCAUGAGAUGUCUGUGUCUCCCAUCAUGGCAACACCUGCUUCCCUUCUCGAUCAUUCUUUCCCUGAGAGAAAUAAUUCUUGUUAGAACUUGCAUCCAACCAAACAUUCCUUCCUGUCCCGUGUCCUGUUCCCCGACCCCUCUCCAGACACAGACAAAUGAAGCAAGAUGGCCCUCACCAGAGCAUGUCCCUUCAACCUUAGACUUUCCCAACGUAGAACCAAAUAAAAUUCUGUCCAUUAUAAA